AUGCGGCGUGUUAGGGAUGGUCUCUUUCUGAGCCAUCCUUCCUCUGCUUUGCAAUGUAGUGUUGCGGUGGUGUCAACGGGAGAAUUUGACCAUCCACCAUUCCAGUUCCGUCAACGUCACACCUUCAACACCACCCCGUUGCAUGAUGCCAACCGAUUCGGUGGACGAACCGCCUACCUGCGUGAAAUUGGCCCAGUUAAUAUAAAAAAACAGGGCCGACGCUUCAAAAAGGACCCACGCACCGUGCAGUUCAAUGUGGAUGUGUGGUGCGCCCAGCAAACGCUCCGCAAGCGCUGGAAGCAACGAGAUUGGGAAGUGAUUGAGAUCCCCUUUCGCCUUGUGCCACGCGAGCAACAGCGGGUAAUACCGGAACUUUAUACGGAUAUUCCACAAAUGACGGAUCCUGCACGUAACGACUUUAGUAACAUUCGCAACAAGGUUUAUGACAGAGAAGAAUUGCAAGGGGUGCUUUUCCCCGCAGCGGGUACCAUGUUGUAUCCGCCGUUGCAGCGCGUGGACAAACAGGCGAUGACGUUAGAUAAGUACCUGUAG